GUUGGGGCAGGAGGAUCGCAGCGAGCGAUGGUAGUUGGAGACUAUUUUCUCCUUUUCAAACCACAUAGAAACAAUUUCCCUUUUCUAAACGGACUUCCAGAUUCUAUUUUUCGUUGAUGGACUACCGAAUUCAUUUAUUUAACAUUGAGUGGAAGUCCGGCGCAGUGGAGUCUCUGAAAGGAAAGUUUAAAUCCCUGUGCUUCAUUCACUAAACGGGGAGAAGAGGUGAGAGCGAAGUAUGGCCUACCUGUCUAACCAUGGCGGGGAUAAGCAAUGGCCACAUGAAGACCCUGGAGGACCUGACUCUUGACUCGGGCUAUGGAGCCGGGGACUCCUGCAAGUCUCUCAGCCUUUCGUCCUCAAAGUCCAAUUCACAGCCGUUUAUGACGGCCCCGCACCGGGGAAACUGGAGGUACUACUCCGGGUCCAUGAACAGUCGCAACAACAGCUGGGACACGGUCAACACGGUGCUGCCCGAGGAUCCAGAAGACAUCUUCUCCAAGUGUCCCCGGUUACCCGAGCUGGAAGACUUUCCUUGGACCGAAGAUGACGUUGGAAAGUUACUGUGUAAAGUAGCCGAGAACGUCAACGGAGUCAAAGGAUCUCCUGUAUCGACAUUUUCCAUCGAAGCAGCCCGGAGGUUAUCCACGCUUCUUCGGCGAGCCCUCAUCCGAAUUUCGAGGGAGGCUCAGCGUCUGAGCGUCAUGCACUGCCGCUGCACGCGUUUUGAGGUACAGAGCGCCAUGAGGCUGGUGUUAAGCUGGGCACUUGCAGACCACUGUGUCUCGGCCACGGUCAAAGCCAUCUCCAUGUACAGUAUGAGCGCUGGGGAACUCCUAAGGAAGGGCAAGUCUGCCCGCUGCGGCCUCUCCUUUUCCGUGGGUAGGUUCUUCCGAUGGAUGGUUGACACCCGCAUCUCCGUGCGCAUCCACGAGUACGCGGCUAUCUGUCUGACGGCUUGCAUGGAGGCGCUUGUGGAGGAGGUCGGUGCCCGGGUACUGAUGGCUGAGCGAGGUCACUCCGGGGUGGAGACGGGGUCAGCCUGUGCCCCUGUGUCGGCUGAAGCUCUAGAUGGGGUAGUGAACAACGACGCGGAGCUGUGGGGGUUCCUGCAGCACUAUGAGCAUCUCAUCUGCGGCAAGAACGCAAAUGGUGUUCUGUCUCUCCCAGCCCAUUUCAGUCCCUACACGGAGAGCCAGCCGGGUCAGGGCAUGACCGGGGAAGAAAGCAGAGAGGACGCCUACGCCCAACUGGAGCUCCGCACCCUGGAACAGUCUCUCUUGGCUACCUGCGUAGGCAGCAUCUCUGAGCUUAGUGACCUGGUGUCCAGAGCCAUGCACCACAUGCAGCGCCUGAGCUCUGUACGACUGGGACUCAGCCCAGCCCGCCUCACCCGGCCCCAGCAGACCGUGUCCUGGUCGCCUGAUGCCCUGCACACCCUCUACUACUUCCUCCGCUGCCCGCAGAUGGAGUCCAUGGAAAAUCCCAACCUAGAGCCGCCUAGGAUGGCCCUCAACAAGGAGAGGCCCUUUCUACUGCUUCCACCACUGAUGGAAUGGAUGCGAGUGGCUAUUGUGCAUGCCGAGCACCGCCGCAGCCUACUGGUGGACAGCGAUGAUGUCAGGCAGACAGCAAGACAGCUCCUCCCAGGACUGGACUGUGAACCCAGGCAGCUGAAGCCAGAGUGCUGUUUCAGUUCGUUCAGACGUCUGGACUCCAAGGCUGCUAUAGACAAGUUUCACCUGGACCUUGGCUUCCGCAUGCUCAACUGCGGACGCACUGAUCUGAUUGGCCAGGCCAUCGAACUGCUGGGCCCUGAUGGAGUUAACAGCAUGGACGACCAGGGUAUGACCCCUCUGAUGUAUGCAUGCUCAGCAGGAGACGAGGCUCUGGUCCAGAUGUUGAUUGACGCCGGGGCAAACCUAGAUGUAGCAGUGCCUCCCUGCUCUUCCAAGUGCCCCUCUGUCCACCCAGACAGUCGUCACUGGGCAGCCCUUACCUUCGCUGUGUUACAUGGACACAUUUCUGUGACACAGCUCCUGUUGGAUGCAGGCGCUAACGUGGAAGGGGCAGCCAUGCGAAACGGGCAGGGGAGCACAGCUGACACACCUCUCCAGCUGGCCUCCGCUGCAGGGAACUACGAAAUGGUGAGCCUACUCCUCGCCAGGGGGGCGGACCCUCUGUCCAAGGCCCAUGGCGGCAACGCUCUAACAUCAUCCCUCUACGAGGACAUGAACUGCUUCAGUCACGCGGCUGCGCACGGACACAGGAACGUGUUGCGCAAGCUGCUCACCCAGCGCCAGCAGGUCAAGGGGGACGUCCUUUCCCUAGCAGAGAUCUUGGCCGAGGGCGUGGAAGAGGAGGAUGCCUGCCCUCUUCCCCCUCUCCCCAGCCUGCCUCCCUUGGCCCCGGGGGGCUUGUCCGAGGGUGGCAUUCCACGGAUGUGCAAGGCCAGAAUGAAGGCCCUGCAGGAGGCUAGCUAUUACAGUGCUGAGCAUGGCUACCUGGACGUCACCAUGGAACUACGGGCACUGGGCGUCCCAUGGAAGCUGCAUGUGUGGCUGGAGUCCCUGCGCAUGGCCCAGCAGCAGUCCAGGUCCUCAGUCACUCUGUCGCUCCUCCGAGAGUUCACCUCCAUCCGGGAGGAGGACUACUGCCAGGAGCUGGUCUCUGUGGGUCUACCCCUCAUGUUCACCAUCCUACGCACCACCAAGAACGAGGCCAUCACCCAGCAGCUGGCGGCCAUCUUUAGUCACUGCUUCGGUUUGGCGCCAUUACCGGUCAUUCCGGAGAUGAAGGCAACCCUCUCAGCACAGCUGGACCCUCACUUUCUAAAUAAUCGGGAGAUGUCAGAUGUGACGUUUAUGGUGGAGGGGAAACCUUUCUAUGCCCACAGAGUUCUGCUGAUCACUGCUUCUGACAAGUUCAAGUCUUUGCUGGCUUCAUCAGGUCAAGAUGGAAAAAAAGACAUUGAGAUCAGUGACUUCAAGUACAACGUCUUCCAGAUGAUGAUGUCAUACCUGUAUUGCGGAGGGACUGAGUCACUGAAGACCAAUUUGUCUGACUUGUUGGAGCUGCUGUCAGCGGCCAGCACCUUCCAGCUGGGGGCGCUACAGAGACACUGUGAGAUUAUCUGCUCCCAGAGCAUCAACUUGGACAAUGCGGUCAGCAUCUACAGGAUGGCCAAGGCCCACGGUGCGUCAGAACUAAGUUUGUUCUGCGAAAGCUUUUUCCUGCAGCACAUGGCAUGUCUCCUGGAGAGAGAGUCCUUCCGCUCCCUGCUCCUGGGGAACCCAGUGACCCGCUGGGCGACUGGGACUGGAUCGGGGCCCAAGAAGUAUGCCCCCAGGAUAGAUUCACCGCUGGAGGAACUGGAGACAACCCUGGCUCGCCGACUACGCUCUCUCUACAUCAGCUCCCGCGUCUGAAUUCAGGAAGUGGAUAACGAUGAGAGGAAAUGAACGACGAGUACUUCAGCGAUUAUGGGCGGAUUAGGAGUAUGUCUCAAGCGUCUGGGGAGAGGUUGCCCUUAGAUCUCAGAUCAGAUUGCCAACAUGCGAUCGUGACCGUUAUCCUGACUGGAAAAAAUACUCUGGAACUGACCUUGGGUCAUUGUCUAGGGGCUUCUUUGAAGAGGGACAGGAGAGAGUAGGGAUACCAUGACUGCUUGAUAAUAAAUUUUGCUACACGGACAUAAUCUGGUGCUGCACCUUCAGUACUUAGCUAGUUGGCAUUUACAUUAGUUAUAUAAUGGAUUGGUGGAAUAGUGAACAGGACGGUCUGUCUCUGUGUGUUCUUGUCAUGUUUCGUCUCAUCUUUCUCCAUGGCUCCGGAAGCUUGUGUGGAAAGACAAAAAUUAUUCUGAUCGCUAGAACUCUGCUGCCUCUCAGUGGACAACACCUAUAAAAGUCUCAAUUCAGAAAGAAAGUGACUACAAUAUACAUGCAAGUAUUUCCAUGCUUCACAUAAAAGGUAAAAUGGUUGUGAUGGAAUGUGAAACAUUAUUCUAAAAGAUGAAGGGGCUGGAUUUUUCUCUUCUCUAUUAUCUCCUUCAGAGUGGUGAUGGCUAUGGGAGAGAAAUGGGUGGAUUUGAGACCACCCCAAUGAAUAUAAGCUUUUUGUGGAUUUUAAAAGUGGAUUCCCAAGUGCUUUUUUUUUACAGUGUAUCUUCUUUAUACUUUUUUUAGUAUUAUGAGAGAAGAGAAAAAAUUGACAUUUUCUAUUUAAAGAAAAACAAGAUGAGAGUAUUUAACGAGGAGUUCCCUUUUUGUUUGUGUUUUCAUUUUGGGCAGAUAAUUAUUGUUAUUAAUGUAAGAACCUUUUGUGUAGUCAGAAAAUUCCAGGCCUUGUAAAUGGUAUGGAAUGUUAUAGAAAGUUGGGUAGAUUUCAUUAAGUGCUAAACUAGACUAAAACAUGUUUUGUCCAAAAUGGAACAAAUCUUUUUAAUGAAAAAACAUUCAAUUUCAAAACGUUUUAAGUCUAAUGAACACCGCCCUUUCAACCUAAAAUAACAAUUAUAUUAUUUGCACACUUGAGCUAACCUAAACCUUGCUGUGCUUGUCCACAUAUUUUAACCCUUCCCAACAGGUUUCUUGCAAUGAUGGACGAAGAACCAGGCCAGCACAGUUCACCUUGGUUUGGUUAGGCACAGUGUAAGAAGGAUGUGAUUUGAAUCAGCAACAUCCUAAGUUAACCCUGCGUAAACUUUGCUUUGCUGCUUAAUAGUUCUGUCAUAAAUUCUGUAAUAAAGCAUCAAGUCUGGCAAGCAAUUGGUUUUGAUGAAUCUUCAUUGUUGUUUUCAAAUUUAAGGACUUUUGUUAGCCUGACUGCCAACAAAAGCAGUAUUUGUCUUCUCUUUUGUCAACUCCUAAUGGAGCAAUGGAGUGGGCAAAAGCUCAAACAUAUCUAGUUCCA